UAAUCCCAGAGAAGCCUUCGUAUACUAUAUACACAUACAUAAUAUGAUGGAUGAACGAAAUAAAAUUGUGUUAAUGUUGGUGAAAAUAACGCGCCUAAGUUUAGAAAUAAGUGAAAUUUUAGAAAACCCUACUUGGUUAAAUGGGGAUGACGAACAAUUACAUGAAGGACAACUAUCAUUUACAAAUUUGGAAUUGCAAGAAAUAAUAAAAAGUCUUAAUGAGCUAUUUUCAAGAAUACAAAUGUUUGGCUUGAAUAUCGAAGACCAACAAAUGCUCGAGGAAUCUAGUGUGAUACUACCAACAGGAAUAUCGAAAUAUCCAAUAAUAAUAAUAAAACUAUGCACAAGGAUGCAAAAAAUGUUAAUUGAAAAAUUUUACGACGGCCAACAAGCACGUGAAGCAUGUGAAGCACUAGAAGAAGAAAACUUGCAAUUACAAGAAAUAAAAACACGCUUUCGUAAUAUAAUUUUAAGAAUGUCAAACGAGGAAAAUCCUUAAAUGUUCAAAAAAAAUUAAGAAGUUGCGCAGUGUCUCCCGCAAUCUGGACCCGCAUGCGGCAUGCCAUCCGCUUGCGCUGGCAUCUCCUUAUGCCGGCGUCCCCCUUGAACCGGCACCCCGCUCCUGAUUCCAUUGAUAUGCGGUUGACCGGUCAUCCAAUAUAA